GCACAGGAACCGGAGAGCCCCGAAGCGUCCCGGUUUCGCCUGGCGGCCGGCCGGAUCCCAGAGGUGCCCUUCGGUCUCAGCACCAGCUCCGCGGUCUUGUCGCACUACGGCGUGGCGGCCAACACCGUCCGGCUCUUCCGCAGGGUAGACAAUGACCGGAGGGACCUGGUUGUAAACAGCAAAGAUGUUGAUGCCGACAAGAUCACUCAUUUUAUUCGGAUGAACGAGCUCCGCAUGGUGACAGAAUACAACCCUGUGACAGCAAUAGGUGUGAUGCAGAAUUCGCUCCAGUUUAACCUCCUCCUGAUCGCAGACAAGAUGUCCCCAAAGCACCCUGAGCGAAUGCGCAGAUACCGGGCGGCAGCGGAGCUCUUCAAGGGGAAGAUUCUCUUUAUCCUGGUAGACAGCAAUCUGAAGAGCAAUGAACGACUAGUGUCAUUCUUCAAACUGAAGAAGUCCCAGCUGCCAGCUCUGGCUAUAUUCCACACACCAGAUGAGGAACAGGAUGUGUUGACUCUGGAUGAAGUCUCUGUUGAACGUGUACAGGAUUUCUGUAAUCGUUUCUUACAAAGAAUACAGAAGAAAGAAGACAAACCUGAGAAGACCCUCAAUGAGGAACUCUGA